AGCCAUUCUCUCUUCAUAUAAUAUACUAUUAUAGCUUGAGCAAAAUUCCUUGUUAUAUUUCUCAAAAAAAUGGAAAAACUUGUCCUUCCCCUAAUUUUACUUUUCAUUUUCUCUAUCUUUGUUGUUGAUGGUGCAACUGUGUCUAAAUUCGUACAGUCACAAUGCAGACGCACUCGUUAUCCAGAUCUAUGUGUGAGUUCUCUAGCAACCCAUGUAAAUCCAACAUCACAAGAUCCUCAAGAAAUAGCUCAAGUUGCCUUAAAAGUGAGCAUAGUUAAGGCAGUAUACACAAAAAACUACUUGAAGAUGGUGUCCAAAGAACUCAAACAAAACAAGGCUAAGGAGUAUCAAGCGGUGAAAGAUUGUUUAGAUCAAAUAUCAGAUAGCGUUUCUCAGCUCACAAAUUCAUUCAAAGAGUUUCAGCACAUGAAGGGUGCAGAAUAUAGUGAAGGGGAUUUUGCAUGGUGUCAAAACAAUGUUCAAACUUGGCUUAGUACAGUGUUGACCGAUACAUAUAUUUGUAUGGAUGGGUUUUAUGGGUCACCCAUGGGUGGUAAGACGAUGGCUAUGAUUAACGCUAGGGUUCUUAAUGUUGCACAAGUUACUAGCAAUACUUUGGCUUUGUUUAAUGGAUUUGCAGCUUGGCAUAAGGCUAAUUCUAAUGGUGGUAGCUACGGGAAAAAUCAACCUUAAAGAAGGUUAUAAUAAAUUUUAUGAGUGUUUCAGCUAGCUAGUUGUGAUCAUGUGAACUUUGUGU